AUGGGCCGAGCCUAUGCCAAGGAUGAUGUGGAGUGCCCCACCAACGCGCGUGGCUGGAUCGUGUGGGAUGGAAUGGCUUGGAAUACGAGCUACACCUUGCAUGUGACAGAAACCGACGGCACCUUUUUUUCGGAGGCGGUGGAAUCCGGCCGACCCAUGCAAUUCCUCCACGAGAAGCAGCCUCCACCCCCUCAGCGCCUGAGUCUGCGGGAAGCCGAGGAGUGGGUGGGGGAAGCCUUGGGCUUACCGCGCGCGCGGGAGCUGGUGGCACCACUGAAGCAAGGUCUGUCAGUGUCGGCUUGGGUCUCCAAGCACGGAGUUUGGAUGCAGAAGACGUUGAAGGUGGACUCGCGAGCCAAUUUCUUGUCUCUGGGGGACAACGAGGAGUUGCAGGAGUGGAGGCUUCAACGGAUCAUGGUGGUGUUGGAUGGCUCUGCUGCGCAGAAUCUGUGCAGCUUGCUGAACAUCAACAUACCAGAGUCGGCGCACCUCUCCGUGGCAUUGCAUGGUUCGUGGGAAGGUGCAGCCAAGCGAGAAAAUGUCUUAGCCUUCUGCUGUGAAGCAGAGCAGGAAGCUGGGGAAGCUGGGGAGAUUUUCCCCGUGGAUUUCCGAAAAUUUGGGCGAACAUCGGGGAUAAAGGACUUGCCAUCACGGCUGCGUGCGGCCGUCUCCUUGGCGCCCUCCCCCGGCGCGGCGCUGCGGGCGGCGGCCAAAGUGCUGCAGGCCCAGCAACGUUUCCGCGCGGUGCGCCAGGAUCUGAAGAAACGUAAGGAGCAACGUCUCCAAAAGGCCGCUGGCGGCCUCGUCAGCGCCCAGGUGAAAGAUGGGGAGGCCCUGCUGAAUGUGGCAUCCUGGCCGCCUUCCACUGUGUUGGAGCUGGAAGUCUCCCUGCGCUCCCCAGGGUUGGAGAUGGAGACGCACAGCGCGGAGAUCCCGGCCAAGUUCAAACCUGAAAACGCCCUGGUCAUUGCGGAGAAAAUUGCCGCACAGGUGUCGGUGUCCGAAGAUGUCCACGUCCUGGACAAGGAGUUGCUAAGCCAGGAGAUCAAAGAGAUUUUGAGGCUCUUCAGAUGCUUUGGGAACAUGCCAACGAAGGGAUAUCGAGGGAAGCUUUUCAUGAGUGAUGAGUCCUGGAGUAGCAUAUUGAAGGAUGGCGAUCUGAUUGCCUUGCACCAGAGUCUGCAGGAGGUGAUGACCAUUCGACCUCUGCGGCUCUGCAUGAUGCAGAGGCUCCACUUGGAGGGUGUCUGCCAUCGUCUUUCAGAGCAUGCAGCACGGACCUCGAGGAGGGUGGACCCAGAUCUGUCACUGCCCUUGGUGUCGCGAUCGGCAGACCUAUUCGGCCCCCGUUGUCGGCCACGACAAAUGGCGCGGCGCGCAUGGGGCGAUGCGCCGGCGAAUUUGGAGGUGGAUCAACAGCUGCAAGGUACAUGGUACUACGAGCCCAACGGAUGCUUUCAUAUCAAGUUCCAGGAUGGGAUGUUGUACUUCGAGGAACAGGUCGAAAGUUGCUGCUACGGUGGCACCUUGCAGCCCGAAGGCGUGCACUUCAGUGCGCAGCUCUUCUCCGAGGACGUGUUGCAAGGCACCAUGCGAAUGCGCCGGGUGGGCGAGUACCUGAUUGCCAAUUUCAGGGAAAGCUCUGAAGAUCCUUGGAGCCCGGACAUCCUGGCACAUCAGAUGCGUCGGGAGAGCACCAACUCAAGCCGUUCGGGUCGUGGUCCACUGAAGCUUGAGAUGCAGGAGAAGCGAAGCCGGAAUUUCUCUAAUUUCUCCGCCGCAUUCUUCGAGCCUAAAGGAACAGAGGAGCUGACCGCGCUGCGGGGCCCUGAGCCUGAUGCAGGUGAACCACCCACCCUGGAAGAGCUGCGGCUGCGCGAGAUCUUUGAUGCCUACGCGCGGGAGAACCACGGCUACCUGGACCUGCAGGGUUUUCGUCGCCUCUGCUUUGAUCUGGGACACCCGGUGCAAUCGGAGGAGAGCGCGCAAGCGAUGGCGCGGCUGGAUGCGAACCGUUCGGGGCAUUGCAGCUUUGAAGAGUUCAAAGGCUGGUGGAUGGCCCCCCCAGGCUCGCACUUCUCCUUGCCCAUCUUGGACUUUUUGAAAUUCAGCCGGGAGGGCUUCUUCAGCCUUGGUCUAGCCUGGCCUCGGGUGGUGGAUGAGGCACGUUUGAGGGAAGUCUUCAACCACUUUGAUCGUGACAAGAGCGGUCGGGUCGACUUGCAGGAGCUUCGGAACGUGUCUGCGGACUUAGGUGUCACCAUGACGAGUCAGGAGGUUGAAACCGCCAUGCAGGAACUGAGUCCGAACAAGGGAAGCAGCUGCACCUUCGAAGACUUUCGAGAUUGGUGGAUGAGCCACAACUCCAAGAACACAGGCGCAAGAUGUGCAAGUCAGCCAUGCAGAGGUGGAGUAGGGGAGGGUAUGAGCUACCAAUGA